AUGGUGUCCUGCAUCUUGCUCGCGUUGGCAUUUGCUAUCCGCGUAUAUUUUUUCCUAAAUGGGAGAUGCCGGGGUUUCGCUGCACCAAAGCUGAACGCCACUGGUGAGCGAUGUGGAACCCCUGGGCCUUCGAUUAAGAGACGCCGCGCGCAUAACAAGGUGCAAACGGGGCCCUACGGCCUUUCGAAGCAAACCGGCGGGGACCUGGCAAUCGGAGCUGCCCCUCCCCAGAUUCACCAACGACAGGAAGAAGCCCCUCGAAAGUUUUUUGAGCACCACGUUUGGUUAUGGGUGUCGUGGCGUGGCCCAUUGUUUUCCGCAACCGCGCAUUGCACACGGAUGGCACAUAGCCAAAAAGCUUGCAACACAGGAAAAAAAGGGUUUUGGCACCCCGUUUCUUCUCAGACAAAGGUUGCGUCGCCUUUACGAAAACGUGGGCGCCAUUUCAAGCCGCAUAAAGCCACGACAGCGCAAGCGACUUUGAGAAAGAAAAAUUCCCAUCCAAUAAUAAAGCGGUGCGAAGAUUAG